AUGUCUACUACAGCCAGAAGACGUCUCAUGAGAGACUUUAAGAGAAUGCAGCAAGACCCUCCCGCAGGCGUUUCCGCUUCUCCCAUAUCUGACAAUGUUAUGCUUUGGAAUGCAGUAAUCAUCGGUCCAGCAGAUACUCCUUUUGAAGAUGGUACAUUUAAAUUGGUUUUAUCGUUUGAUGAACAGUAUCCAAAUAAGCCGCCUUUAGUAAAAUUUGUUUCCACAAUGUUCCAUCCCAAUGUUUAUGCGAACGGUGAGCUUUGCCUGGAUAUCCUACAAAAUCGAUGGUCUCCAACAUAUGAUGUUGCCGCCAUCCUGACGUCUAUUCAAAGUCUACUGAAUGAUCCGAAUAACGCGUCCCCGGCGAAUGCUGAAGCAGCGCAGCUUCAUCGCGAAAAUAAGAAAGAGUAUAUACGCCGCGUUCGGAAAACCGUAGAAGAUUCCUGGGAGAGCUAA